UUCGACAGGAAUUGACGUCGCCAUCUUGGGUCUGUUUCUUCCUGAAAGUUUUCAAUCUUUUGACGGUUUUUAAAACUGUUUUGUUCAAGAAACAAACAUGGGAGCGUGUUUGGCUCUAGGGUCUCUCGGCAGCUGUGCSUCCUGUCUGUGUGGCUCCGCCUCCUGCCUCCUGUCCUCAUGCUGCCCCUCCACAUACAACUCCACCAUCAGCCGGCUGGCCUUCUCCUUCCUGCUGGUGCUGGGAACUCUGGUGUCCAUCAUCAUGAUCCUCCCAGGAAUGGAGGAACAUCUGAAGAAGAUCCCAGGUUUCUGUGUGGGUGGCAGCAGUAUACCUGGCAUACAGAACCAUGUCAACUGUGAUGUCAUGGUGGGCUAUAAGUCCGUUUAUCGCAUGUGCUUCGCCAUGGCCUGCUUCUUCUUCCUCUUCUCCAUCAUCAUGAUCAGAGUGCGCAGCAGCAAGGACCCGCGAGCUGCCCUGCAGAACGGAUUCUGGUUCUUCAAGUUUCUGGCGCUGGUUGGUAUAACUGUGGGAGCGUUCUUCAUUCCAGACGGCACCUUUAAUACAGUGUGGUAUUACUUUGGUGUGGUGGGAUCCUUCAUCUUCAUCAUCAUCCAGCUCAUCCUGCUGGUGGACUUUGCUCAUUCCUGGAACCAGUCCUGGCUGGAGAAGGCAGAGAACCAGCUCUACUGUCCUUCACUUUCAUCCACUAUGCCUUGGCUUUCACUGCUGUUGUGCUCUUCUACGUGUUUUACACCACACCGGAUAACUGCACAGAGCACAAGGUCUUCAUCAGCCUCAACUUCAUCUUCUGCAUUGCUGUUUCCAUCGUGUCUAUCCUGCCUAAAGUUCAGGUAAUGCACCCUCACACCAAUGAUAGACGAGUUAAAGAGGGGAAAAGCUCUGCUCUGAUGUGGACGAUGUUCUUCAUGAAAUGACAUGAACUAUUUUUUUCC